AGACAAAUUACUGUACUGUUCCUUUCAUCACACACACACACACAUACACACAGAGAGUGACUCUAGGUGUUCUCCUCCUCUCUCAAGCACUCCUAAUUGGCCACAUGCUGAGUAAUGUGACCAAUGAGUUUCAGGGCCGGCUCUCUUCAUUGGAUGUGUGUGUUUGUUGGAGUUCAUCAGUGCGUCUGACUCUUUUGGUGUCUCCUACAGAAGGAUCUGGAUUGGAUUGGAGAAUCUACGGUUCCUCACGUUCUAGAUCUCACUUGAAAGUUUAACUCUUCAUCAAAAACCACUGAGGAAUCCCUAAUAAACCCCAAAGAGAGAAAAUUGGUGCCAGCCGCUCGCCAACUUUAAAUCACCAUGACAAGCACCACCAGCGACCAAAAGGACACCUCCUGCGCCCUGAUGUCCAAACCUCACUGUCAGCGGCUGGUCAGCAAGGACGGCCGGAGUCUGAUGCGAGGCAGUGCCCCGGGCUGCAGAGAGACGUGGUUCGGGGCCCUGCGGGACAUGUGGGGGACGUGGCUGGCGCUGCGCUGGCGUUGGGUGGUGCUGGCGUUCUGCAGUUCAUUCCUCCUUCACUGGCUGCUGUUCGCAGUGUUGUGGUAUCUGCUCGCCCGUGUCAACGGAGACCUGGAGGUGCCUGAUCAUAACUCUCCACCGCCUGGUCAUGUGCUGUGUGUCAAACACGUGACGGGCUUCACCGCCGCCUUCUCUUUUGCCCUCGAGACACAGCUGACCAUCGGGUACGGCACUAUGUACCCUAACGCUGACUGUCCGACCGCCAUAGCCCUGCUCGCCCUGCAGAUGCUGCUGGGACUCAUGCUGGAGGCCUUCAUCACCGGUGCAUUCGUUGCUAAAUUCUCCCGCUCUCAAAAGCGCUGUGGUGGGAUCCUGUUCAGUCCUCAGGCCGUAGUGUGUGAGGUCAGAGGUCAGCAUUGCCUGAUGUUCCGCGUCUGUAACCUGCUUCCACGGCCGCUGGUGGACGUGUGCGUGAGCGCCGUUCUCUACGAAGAAAGUGACAACCACGAACUCCACCAAACAGCGAUAGAAUUCAGUGUCGAUAACCUGGGGUCACGACCUUGCCCACUUUUCCUGUCACCUCUGACCUUUUAUCACCCUCUAACUCCAACCAGCCCUCUAAACAGCGCCACAAGCAGCAAACACUUCGAGCUGGUGGUGUUCCUCACCGCUUCUCAGGAGAGCACAGGCUCCGGAUACCAGAAGAAGACGUCGUACCUGCCCGACGAAAUCCAGUACGGAAGCUGCUUCACCAAGGUGACCUCUCGACACGGAAAAGGCCGGGGGAAAGCCGAAAGCAUGCGCUAUUUUGACACGCAGCCCAGUCCUCUCACACUCCCAAACACACACACUGGCGACACACUGGAGAAAGAGCACGUGUCGGUCCAGAUCAACGGAGAAGGCUGUGACCGGCUGGAGUAGCAGUGCUUUGUUUUUUAGAGUAGCUUUAGAAUUCUCUGCUCAUGAAAAGGGCAUUUCAUUUCAUUUCACAACACAACCUCAAGUUUAUGACUUUUUAUCCCGAAAGACAACCUCAGUUAGUUAGGAUCUGAUAUGUCAACCCAUACCAUUAGAAACACAUCAAAACCAUUUUUGCUGCUACGGACACAUUUUUGUUUUCCAGAGCAACACAGAUGAGUGACAGCUGCUUAAGAUCUUGUCGGUAAUAAGAGGAAUCUCCAAUAAUUGUAAGUUGAAAUUCUUCACCCUGAAAACCAAUCGUUUGAGCCCUUAUUUAUUUGGUGACUGGACCAUGUCACUGUGGUACCUGUAAUGUACAUAUCUGAGUAAAAAGGCCUGUUUUAAAAAAGUGCUACACACAGAGCUGGGUAGAUUACUUAAAAACUAGUCUGUUACUGAUUACAAAUUACAUGAUGGAAAUGAAAGUUUGUAAUGUAAUCUGCUGGAUUACACACAUCAGAUCAAGUAUUCAGAUUACUUUUAGACUACUUUUUGACCUCUUCGAAUAUAUUCACAAUUCACUGCCAUUGUGUAAUUCUGUAAUCUAUAAAAAAGUAACUGUAAUCAAAUUAUGAGCAUUUUUAGAAAGUACUCAAUUUUAGGAAUCUGAUUACAUUGUGCAGUACCUCUGUUACUAUCCAGCACUGGCUACACAGACAUGAGUGAUCCUUGUCAAGAAAGUAUUUUUAUCUAAAUUUAUCUUUUAACUAAAUGUUAUGGAUAGUUCAACCAAAAAUGAAAACUCUGUCAUCAUGUACUGUACAGAUGUGGAUGCUCAUUCAUUAACAUAGAGCGUUGCAGUCGAUAAAUUUUUUGUAGGCCAACCCGGAAAUUCACUGUGGUUUGCUCGAAAAAAAAAAAACAAUUAUAUUUU